AUGGGCAGCUUAUACUUUGAUGCUAACCGAGGAUUUUGUUUAAAUCAUGACGUUGACCUGGAACGUCACCACCAUAAUCCAUUGAGAAGACUUUCCAGAUCCAAUAAUAAGACAAUUAGGACCAAUGGGUUUGAUUUGCUACCAUUGGAUGAAGAUGAAAGUGGGAGUAGUAAUAAUGAUACUGAUGGGUAUUUAUCACCGGGACUGGGUACAGGAAGGAAGAAUUCUACCGUUUCCGACACCAGUGGAACCUCAGAGUCUCUGGGGAAGAGCAAGAAGAAGUCAAAGGAGGACCGUAAGGAGAAACGUAGACAGAAAAAACACAAUUCAUAUAUGAAGAAACUUAAUAAGCUUUCGGAUGACAUUAAGCAUAAAAGUUUACUUGAUACUUUCAAGAAUGAGGAGGAAGAAUAUAAUCCGUAUUAUACCAAGCAUCAAUUAACGACAUCAUAUAGUAAGAUAUUACAAUUAUUCAAUAGGAAUAACAAAGAAGAUUUCAAGUUAUUUCAAUUCAAUUCAAUUGCAUUUUAUAAAACCGAUUUGGACUACUUGUUACCGGAAGAAUGGUUGAAUGAUAAUAAUAUAUCAUUUAUCUAUGAAUGGUUGAUCAAUACGUUUGUGAAUCCAAAUCCAUUCAAUUUCGAAGUUCAAUUAUUAUUCCCAUCAUUAGUUCAAUUGCUUUUGCACUCAUCAAUGGAAGGCAAUUUAGAAGAAAUGUUACCUAUGAAGGAAUUGAUGAAACUGAAAUUUAUUUUCAUGCCAUUCAAUCAAUUAGAAGAAGAUGAAGUUAACUUAGAAAAAGCCAAUAACGGAGAUCAUUGGAUAUUAUGUUUGCUUUGUCGUAUAAAUAACAAACUUUAUAUAUAUGAUUCAAUGGCUUUUGAAGACGAAACUGAUGAAAGACAAGAUCAAUUAUUGGAACAAUUGGUGGAUAGAUUACAAUCCUGUAAAUCUUUAUUUAAAAAUAAUUCCAAGAUUGAAAUUGUCAAGAUGACUUGUGAUCAACAAGAUAAUUCAGAUGAUUGUGGAGUUCAUGUCAUUAUGAAUACUUGUAUAUUGAUUAAACGAUUAUUUUAUGGUGAUAAAAUUAAUUUAGAUUUAAGCGAACUUAAAUUGAAUGCUUUAGAUGCUAGAUUAUAUAUGAUGACUUUGAUUCAUAAACUAUCUCAAGAAGAAGUUGAAAAAAUAGAAGAUUAA